AAAAAAAAAAGAAAGGGGAAAAAAAUCUCCAUCUCAGAUCCAACCCUCUUUUUCUACUCCUCUCCGUCUCUUCCUCUCUGAUUAGAUCCAAUCCACUCCGGAAACAUGUCUUCGACCUUCAGCGGCGAUGAAACGGCACCGUUCUUCGGCUUCCUGGGGGCUGCCGCUGCUUUAGUCUUCUCCUGUAUGGGAGCGGCGUAUGGGACGGCGAAGAGUGGAGUAGGGGUGGCGUCGAUGGGUGUGAUGAGGCCGGAGCUGGUGAUGAAGUCCAUUGUUCCCGUGGUUAUGGCUGGUGUGCUUGGUAUUUACGGGCUUAUUAUUGCUGUGAUUAUUAGCACGGGCAUCAACCCUAAGACCAAGGCUUACUAUCUCUUUGAUGGUUAUGCUCAUCUCUCUUCUGGUCUUGCUUGUGGCCUCGCUGGCCUUUCUGCUGGUAUGGCAAUUGGAAUUGUUGGUGAUGCCGGUGUUAGAGCCAAUGCGCAACAACCUAAGCUUUUCGUGGGUAUGAUUCUCAUCCUUAUUUUUGCUGAAGCCCUGGCUCUCUACGGUCUGAUUGUUGGCAUCAUCCUCUCUUCUCGAGCUGGUCAAUCAAGAGCAGAUUAGAACUGGAUUAUAGUUAGCUGACGCUUUGUGGUGCUAGUAAUUGAUAAAGGACUAUAUUACGUUCUCGGGUUAGAGGUGGUUAUCCUGUUGCGGGAGUUACUUUUGCUCUAAAAGCUUUUAUACGUGCAAAUCCAUUGCUCAACCUCAAGAAUUGUUGUGGUCUUCGCAUGUAGAUUUUGGGUUUAAAAUUCUUUCUUGAAUAAAGCCUCUGUACUGUUGUUUGGUGCUGCACCUUGUCAAAACUGGAUUGUUGAAUUGUGUAACGCUACUAUCUAGUAUUAUCUACAUUAGCUAUUUGAGGACCUAAACGUUUCGCUAUAUUAUCUUUAAUCUCCAAAUGUGAUUCCGGCAUAUACUCUCUUUGUCUAUUGUCUUGUAAGCCCUUGGUAUUUGCCCAGUAUUGCAUUUUGGGGUAA